UGUCUGCUUGCAGUUGAAUUGUAUAUGUUCGUUCUGUCGACGACGUCGUGAUCGCUCUCGUCGUCGUCGAGGUUCCCUUAAAUUCGCUCAGCACAUGAAUUGCCUGUGUCGUUCAUCUGAACUUUCUACACAUACAGUUGCUACCCGGGCGCGUAUUUCCGUGGUUUCAUGCAUGUGGUGUUACGGUAUUGGUGCUGAUCAGCGUCAUCACCGUCGUCGCCGAGGCUGCACCGAGGCAGCAGCAAUUGUUGCUGCUCAGCUGUAAUCCUCCCACUGUUUCAGUCAUCCUCGAACGGUUUCGGUGGUGGUGGGUAGUGUUAGUGGUGUAAUAUCCGGACUCCCGGAGAGAGUCAGUCUCUCUUCAUAGCUGGGGGAUAUACACGCUCUCGCAGCAGCGGAAGCAUACCUACAGGUAUAUACACAUAUAUAGAUAUAUAUAUUGUAUACAGUGAGAAAGAGAGACUGGCAGCGGUGAGGACUAGCGGCCGAGGAUAAUGAAGAGAAGAAAUGCCGAGUGCGGCAAGCUCCGGAGGCCCUUGAAACGCAACAAAAUCACCGAAGGCAUCUAUGGCAGUACACUGUUGUAUCUGAAGUUUCUUUUACUAUGGGCCAUGGUAAUCCUAGCAGACUUCAUUUUAGAGUUUCGAUUUGAAUUUUUAUGGCCAUUUUGGAUACUCCUUCGAAACCUUUACGAAUCUUUUAGGUGUAACGGCUUUGCCUUUUCUGUAUUUUUUAUUUGUAUUGCACUUACGUCAGACAUGAUUUGCUACUUUUUUAUCCCGGUACACUGGCUCUUUUUCGUUGCCAGUACAUACGUUUGGGUGCAGUACGUUUGGAACACAGACAAAGGCGUGUGUUUGCCAACUGUGAUGCUGUGGCUAUUGUUUUUGUACAUAGAGGCAGCUGUACGAUUGAGAGAUCUACGUCAUAUGCCAUUUCACUUAGAUCUUUGUAGGCCGUUUGCUGCUCACUGUAUUGGUUAUCCUGUUGUGAUGUUAGGAUUUGGCUUUAAAACUUAUGUAGGCUACAGAAUGAGACAGAAAAAACAAAAAGACGUGGCCAAGGAGAAUGAGUUUUAUUUUCAAAUGCUACAACAAGCAUUGCCAGUAGAACAGCAAAUGAAUCUACAGCAAAUAGCACACGUGCAAUCACAAGCACAAACAACUACGUUAUCAGUAGAACAAAAUUCCAAAUCACAAGUACACAGGCCGAGCCCGCAGUACAAUCCAAGUCCAGAAAAGAGCAGAGGUAGAGCUGGUAACUCCUCUGUAGAGGGAAAUGUGCAAAACGGUGGUGUCCACAGUGCACAGGUAUCUUCACAAACGCAAAGCGUGACCAAAAACAAUCAGAAAAAGUCUGUUGACAAGGGAGAAAAACAGGAGGACCAACACAAUAAGCAUAACUCGGAUAAAUCGUCACAUUCUGAUAAGAAUGACAAAAAGUAUGCUCACACAAAUGGUACUGCUGUAUCUUCUGAAUUACAGUACAUAGAAAGAAUUAAUUCCGUAAACGAUUUCGAUGCGAACGAAGUCGAAAAAGACAAAUCGGUCAAGGGUACCAAUCACAAUUCGUUCAAAGCGCAAUCGAACAACUCGUCCACUGGCAAGUGGAACAACGUCAAAGAAAACACGUCGAAUAAUCGGGAAAAGAAAGGUCGCCAAGCCAAAGUUUCAAACGAAGCAGCGAACGAGCAACAUAAACAAGACGAAUAUUGUCAGAGGUUGCUCGUUUGUCGGAAACUCGAGGCGGACAUUAAGCGAUUAAAGUCAGAUCUGCAGUCGAGUCGACAGGUUGAACAAGAUCUCCGUUCUCAAAUAAACACAUUGUUAAGUGGCGAACGACAAGCCAAAGGUGAUAUUCAGCAACUUCAGCACGAUAACGACCAGUUACAGAGCAAAUUACACGGAAUGAUGUCGACUCGGCAACUGGACAAACAGACAAUAUCGUCGCUGGAGCGACGGAUAGCUGACGAACGAAGACAGCGUACGGCUUGUGAAGCCUCGCUGGCUUCGGAGAGGCGAGCUCGACGGGCCGCGGAAGAAGCGCGUUCGGCGAUACCACCACCGCCACCGCCACUUGUGCGCCAGGAGUGCACGGACGCGUGCAAGUCGCGCCGAGCACAAAUGGAGCAGGAUCUCAAGAGUUUGCGCCGAGAACUGAAAGUCAAAGAAGAAAGGUGCACUGCUUACGAGAAAGAAGUGGCUCAUUGUAAAGAAAAUCAUAGCGAAGCUGAAAUUAUACUUGGAGCGCUUAACGCGCUGCAAGACAAAAAUACUCAUUUGGAGAACAGUUUGAGUGCGGAGACGCGUAUUAAACUGGAUCUCUUCUCAGCCCUUGGCGAAGCGAAGCGACAACUAGAAAUUAAGGAGAGUCUAGCUCGAUCACAAGAUAAGGAGAUUGAAAAAUUAAAGGCUAAAAUAGCACAAGACUUGGCUGUCAUGCCACAAGACACAUUUGGUCCUACUCCGACCUGCUCUACGUCAAAGCUCCGCCUGGGCAAUGAUAUUCGCGUGGGCGGUUCGAAAAUGCGAGCAAACGAUAGUCUCUGUCCAGGUUGUACUGUGUCAAAUUUGGACCCCAAUGCAACGGUGUACACCCCCAAAGGAUCGCUCGUAGCGUCUACUGAAGCUUGA